AUGAUGUUAGAAAGUGUGUUUAGUGAUGAUGAUGAAGAAUUGCUAGAUGAGCAAGAAUCCAAACCAGUGGAAGAAGAAGCUUUUGAUAAGUCGCUUGCAGAAGAGGAGUUAAAUUCUGAGCUAGUUGAGAGCGCCGAGUUCGCCCCCAAGAUUGAAAAAGUCAGUAAAGAACCACUGAGUGAAAACGAAUCCGGGGUUGAAAUGGUAGGUGGGGAUGGUUCAUUGGCAGAAUUACCAUCCAGUGAAACUCCAAUGGAUCUAGUAAUCAAUGAUUUUGACGAACAGUCUAAAGACCAACAAGCGUCAGGUGGAGUUCCAGCAACAAUAUCUAAUAGUAUUGUUGACACUUAUUCCAGUCAAAAGGCAUCGUUCUCGUUAGAAACUGCUAAUCAAGGUUACGACCCCUUUGCCAAUAGCAUUUCAGAAAAUGAUGACCAAUUUGAAAUCGAAAGAAUUAUGGGGCACGAAGCGGCCAUUGAUGUAUCUAAGCCGAACGAGUUUUCGGUUCAUUCGGAUCAAAAGAAAAAUGAAACCACUCGAGCCCCCGGCUUGAUGGGGAACUUGAGUUUAUCUGAGGACUUUAGAGGGACUGAACAGCUUGAAGCUGAAGCCAUUGAAUCUAAUAAAAAAGUCGGAAAACAGAAAAAUCAGACAGAGACAACAAUUCCGGUCUUAGAAAUUAAGGAUGACAUUACAACGCACAGCUUUCCAGAAAAUCAUGCAGAAGCUGAUACCAGCACUGCUAACCAGGAGUGCGAUAGUAUCAAUAACGAUCUUUCCACUAAAAGAAUUACUGGAGAAGUCUAUGAUCCAUUCCAGCCAAAGUCAAACGAAACGUAUGACCCGUUUAGUUCAGAAUCCCAAAAUGGGCAAGAAUUAUUCAAUUUGGCUUGUAAGAAUGGACAUGAGCAGUUAAGUACAAAAACAAUGGAAGAAAAGACUCUAUCAAGUACCGAAAUUCAUGAAACUUAUGAUCCUUUCAACUGCGAGCACAUUGAUAAACCCUAUGAGUCACUUUUGGAUGGCAGUGAUGUUUCAUUGUCAUCACCAAUUAUUGAGCAGGAACUAUCCACCUCACUGCUCGACCAUAAACCAACAGAGUUGGACAUCAAAGAUGAAAGGGAAAGCCUCCACUCCAUAUCUGACGAACUAAUAACAUUCAACCCAGAGAUUAGCAAGAAUGAGUAUUCUUUCCUCAAGAAUAACAAACCCACUGCCAAGGAUAUUGUCACUUCUGUUACUUCUUUCACUUCCCAAUCUAUUUCAAACCACAGUGCGGAAUUAACUUUGAAUACGAAGCAAAUGAUACAGGAUAACCUUACAUUUGAUGCACAAGUCCGACCACAUAUUCACCAAGACGGUUCGUCUGAGCGUGACACCAGUUUUACGGACCAUGACUUGCAUGCGGGUAGUGAUUCCGUACCGAGAGUAACUAGCAACCCACAUUUUGAAAGUAAGGAUCAAACUGCUGUCAAGAAUUCCCUCUUUCAUGCCAAACUUGAAGAAACCACUGGUAACAAUGAUGGCAGUCUAAUAGGCCAAGUCGAGAAUACUAGCAACCAUGAAAGACCAAGCUCUGUAAUAGUUUCAAGAGAACCUAGGUUUGAAAGUGAAGCAAUAGACAAGUUGAGAUUAAAAGUCCAGAGACUCGAAGCUGAUUUACAAUCGGCAGAAGAACUGCAUCAUUCCCUUCAGGUCGAGAAUAGCCGUUUAAAUGAAGAGAAUGCAUCCCUUCUCUUAGAGCUUCAAGAAUUACGCUUGAAGAAGUUUGGAGAUCCCGUGACUUUAAGCAGUGAUUCAGGAGAAAAUUUGAGAAACUCUAAAGACCCCGCUCCAGAAUUAGACUCUAAUGUCAUUGCAGGUGAUGAUGUGGAGGAAGACACCAAAAAUGCGGAUGCCAAGAAUAUCGAGGAACAAUUUUUGACUGAGAAAGAAGCCGUGGAAUCCAGUAUCAAAAUUGAAGAUGACUUACUUGAUAACAUCCCAAAGAACAGUCUCGAUUCCACGCGUUCGCAACUGAAAUCCAGCUCUAGUUUUCAGCGGUUCAACACUUACAAUGUUUCCAGUGAUUACGUGGACUCUCUUGAUGUUAAGGAGCGUCUCGUGCAAUGGCGAAACUGGAACGUUGAUAUGAGAGCAUGGAAGUCAGCAGGAUUUGGUCCUGUGUUUGAGAUGUAA